AUGGCUCGAUCGAAAAGGGACAAAGAAGUUUCUCUAACGAAGGUAAAGAAGAAGACACGCGAGACCAAGGAAGCGCUUAUUAAAGAGGUCCGUGCCUCCGUGGAUAAAUAUAAACGUCUCUUCGUUUUUAACAUUGAGGAUAUGAGAAGCACACAUUUCAUACAGGUUCGACAACGAUUUAAAGCAAACAGUAGAUUUUUCUUUGGUAAGAAUAAUGUUAUGGCGAUUGCAUUAGGAAAAGACGAAUCCUCCGAAUAUGCUCCGCAGUUGCACUUAGUGAGUCGAGAACUUCAAGGACAAUGCGGACUCAUGUUUACUCUGUUAUCUAAAGAUAGAGUCGCGAGCAUUCUCAAGGAGUUAAAUUUCGAGGAUCAUGCUCGUGCUGGUCAUGUUGCGCGUGAGACGAUAACCGUACCUGAAGGGCCAUUGCCGCAGUUCGCAUUCUCCAUGGAGCCACAACUUCGGAAGCUAGGAUUACCAACCAAACUUGAAAAAGGAGCUAUAGAGCUAUAUCAAGAUUAUGAAAUUUGCAAGGAAGGAGAGCCGAUCACAGCAGAACAAGCAAAGAUUCUUAAACUAUUCGACUAUAAACUGGCUGAGUUCAAAAUAAACAUCAAUUCACGAUGGGAUAAAGAAGGUGGAUACAGCAGUUUUGAAAAGACAAAGAAAACGUAA